AUGUCGAAACUUUCUCCCUCCCUGAAAGCUCUCAUAAGUGCACCUUAUGCUCGCCCAGGCUAUGCUCCUGCACCAAGAAACAUCCGCUCCGUUUUCCAAAAGAUUGAAGAGGAGGCGUCCGCGAACAAUGUUGGACUGCCAUCAUGGCUAACGAUCUCGACAGCUGCGACUAUGACCAUGAAUUCCCCCGAUUCAAUGCUAGAACUGUUUCGACUUGCGACGAAGGAUAAGGAUCAUGCGCAUGCAGUGAAAACUGUGGAGCAGAUGAGGGAGGUGGGAUUAAAAUGUAUAGGUUUCAAUGGCAUUCCCAGAACAAUCAAUGUUCUAGGUCAAUUCCGCGCAAAUCUACCAGAUGAAAUCAUGAAUUCGUUGAACAAAACACCGUCUCGUGAAUUGACAACUGCAAAUGUUGAUGAUGCCAAAGCUCGAGGCCGCGGGCUAUGGGAUUCUAUCUAUCGUCCCUUUGAAACAAAACUACUCAAUAAACUUGCGGAAUCGCAUCCAGAUCUUCCAGUCUUUAUCCUGAAUUCUUAUUCCAGUCUCUUCACCGAUCCUUCUGUCUCUUCACGACCAGUAAAGAUUGGAAGAGUUCUCACAAGUCUGAUUGGUAUAACAUGCUUAAGAGCACAAACUGGAGUCGGCCCACAGGUCACCAGUCACGUAUUUGGUUUACGAAAAGCGUUUGAGGAUGGUACAUAUAAGGCUGCAGGCGAAGAACCUGUAGAGGGAGGAGAAUGGUUAGCAGGUGAGGAAGGAAAUGCUUGGAUUCUUAACACAGUAGAUAAGAUUGUGGAAGCUAUUGGUGGAGAGAGCGGAGGAACUACAUUUGCCCCUGGAAUCAAGGCAAAAUUGUAGAUAUGCUAGUGCAUUUUUGUAUAUGAUAUGAAGUAUAAAUAUGGGAGGGCUAUAAGGCUAUAUUGAGUAAUGAUCUAGUUUCAAUCAGUGAUUUCGAAAGCGUCCGCAUGUUUGAUGAAUUUCCAUUGAUCUUAUUCUGUUAGGAACGCGAUGUUAAGAGUUAUCGAACAUACUCACCGCACAGCGUGAGGUUUUGUAACAUAAUCCCUGCAAAAUUCAUAUUUUCCUAUAUAAAUUAAAAUCUUAUAUAAUUCAUAC